AUGGCCUCCACCUCGGUGCUCGUGGCCCGUGAUGAGGCCGCGGCGCCCUCCGCCACCUACUCGUACUGCAGCCGACCUCGGGCCGUGCCUGCCAGGCGGCGGUACCGCCACUCGCUGGAUGCCGCCGAGAUCGAGGAAGAACCGAUUCACUAUGCAAACCUCAUGUACGAGAGAAGAGUGGUUCGUGGCAACACGUAUGCCCUUCACGUGUUACCUUGGAGCAGUGAACCUGACCCCCUCGAGCUUCAGAAGCAACGAGAAGCCCACCGGAAAGCGCUGGCUAGGAAGCGAGCCAAGGAACAGCUCCGGACGAGGACACCCGACCCCUUGGAGGGCCGCCGGCAUGUUGACGUGCAAACAGAACUGUACCUAGAGGAGCUGGCAGACCGCAUCAUCGAGGUUGAUAUGGAGUGCCAGACAGACGCUUUCCUGGACAGGCCUCCAACUCCACUCUUCAUUCCUGCAAAGACGGGCAAAGAUGUGGCCACGCAGAUCUGGGAAGGAGAGCUGUUUGACUUCGACAUUGAAGUCCAGCCGAUGCUGGAAGUGCUGGUGGGCAAGACGAUAGAGCAGGCCUUGCUGGAGGUCAUGGAGGAGGAGGAGCUGGCCGACCUGCGGGCUCACCAGUGCAUCUACCAGGAGCUGCGCUUCGCGGAGCUGGCCGAGGUCCAGCGCCUGGAGGAGCAAGAGCGGCGGCACAGAGAGGAGAAGCAACGCCGCAAAAAGCAGCAGAUGCUGGUCCUGCAAAAGGAGAAGGAAACGUCGGAGAAGAUUGCGGCUCGCGCCUUUGCCCAGAGGUACCUCUCGGACCUCAUCCCGUCCGUCUUCAGCAGCCUUCGCGACAGUGGCUACUUCUUCGACCCUGUGGAAAGAGAUGUCGAGACCGGAUUCUUCCCGUGGGUGAUGGAGAAGGUUGAAGAGACGAUGGAGAGCAAGACCCUCGGCAGACUGCUCACCGACAGCAUGAUUCGCGAAGUGAUGGAGACGAGAUUGAAUUGUUUUGACCGCGGUGAGUUGCCCGUGUGGCCAGAGGUUGCCGAAGUGCCCGGCCUGGAGGAUGAGCCCUCAGUCAAGGUGGUUCUGAAGGAGACCUCAUCCUUCCUGGGGGUCCCAGAAUCCUCAGAAGAGCAGGAAGCCCCAGCCCUGCUGGAUGCCUUCGCUCAGCCUGGACCCCCUGCUCCGUUGCAAUCCUUGGAGCAGCCUCCGAGCACAGAUGACCCAGAACCCUCGGCGCAGCCAGGAGCCACGGAUCAGGGCCAAGCAGCAGAGGGGGCAGAAUCCAAGGAGCCUGGGCCCAGUGCUGACUGA